GGAUGAGAAAAAACCAAAAAGCAAAGCAACCCACCCAUUGAAGCUGUGAUUCCUCUCUCUCUCAAACGUUAACGAAUCAACCGACUAAUAUUUGUUUAUCGGCGUUGUAUCGAUUGAUUUCCGGUGGCACUCUCGGCUUGGACCAUCCGAUUUCUUUGUUGCCGUUGAUUACUAUACAUGGCGAUCACCGGAGACGGUGCAAAUUUGCCGGAGAUCGAUUACAUUAAGAGGCACCAUAAGCACGAGGUUAGAGCGUACCAGUGCACAUCCUCGCUUCUUAAACGCAUCAAAGCGCCUGUUCAUCUCGUAUGGUCCCUGGUGAGGAGGUUUGAUCAACCACAGAAGUACAAACCCUUUGUGAGUGGAUGCAAUGUGCAAGGUGGUGACCUUGAAAUUGGAAGUGUUAGAGAAGUAAAUGUUCGAUCUGGACUUCCUGCUACCACCAGUACAGAAAGGUUGGAACUUCUCAAUGAAGAGGAACACAUCUUGGGCAUGAGAAUUGUUGGUGGAGAUCACAGGCUCCAGAAUUACUCAUCAGUGAUCACCCUUCAUCCAGAAACUAUUGAAGGGAGGCCAGGAACUUUGGUAAUUGAAUCAUUCGUGGUGGAUGUGCCGGAGGGCAACACCACGGAUGAAACGUGCUACUUUGUUGAGGCCCUCGUCAAGUGCAACCUCAAGUCGCUGGCGGAUGUCUCAGAACGGUUGGCUGUGCAAGACAGUACAGAGUCCAUCGUCCAAGUGUGAUUCCUUUUUGCAGGAUCCAUUGUAGAGUCUAGUAAUGGAGUGGACAAUCUCCCAUCACUGUGCAUAUUCCAUGGAGUAAGUUAUCACAAACUACAACCAUCUUUCAUUCCUCUAUAACAACUUUGUGUGUGAAGAAUAUUGUCAACCUUUUCUGUUUGUUAUUUUGCAUUGAUUUUGUGUCACCAGAACCCAAAACAACAUAUUUACUGGACACAUGCUUUGCUUUUCCAUUCUCCUGUAUUGUUGUAAUGCAAAAUGUCAAACGUUAAUAGCCUUGUUAAAAAUGUUUAUGAGCAGUAUAAUUGAUUCUCUGUA